CAUUUAGUCAUCCUAAAAAUGUAGAAGAAGCUAUUGAUGCAGCUAAACAAGUUGAAAAUGGUCAAUAUUAUGAACAACAAUCUCCUAUACUAACUCAACCAAGUGGAAACAAUAAUGCUAUUAAUAAUCUUACUAAACAAAUUGCAAAUGAAGCCCCUGAUGAUGAACUAGAACAAGUUUUGGACGAUUAUAAGGAAGAGGAACUUAGCGAAAUUGAAGCAUAUAUGGCAGACAGCCAAGAAGAAUAUGAGGAGGAAACUGACCUUCUACCCCUCGACUACAACCCCUAG